CCAUUUAUCCUCAAACAAGGUUCAUGCAGAGCUUCUCGAAAAGCAGAGUAGUCAAAUGAGAACAAAUAAUGUAUACAAAAAAACAUGUCUAUAGAUGUUUUUGGACAACACAGAGCCAAAAAUGCAGUUCAGCAACAUUAGCCUCCAGUUUGAGCGCUUGUAAACCGACCCUCACAGUGUAAGCACAUCCUCUGUGCUGGGGUCCCUUAUUGCCAGGCACACACACACACACAAUACACACAAACUCAUACAUGCAACACACUCACAUUCCUCCACAGGCUCUACAAGGGGCAGGCUCAGAGUGUGCUGGAAGCUUGGAACUGUUCUUCAGUGAGAGUAUCUCUCACUCCCUGCAGUCGUUAAGCCAGAGAGCAGAAGGGGGAAAACAGAAAGGUGACCAGGGGAGGUCUAACAGCACCAUCCCAGAUUACCCAGCACCUAUUUUAAAAGCGUUGAUUGACUGAUGCACAGUUUGCUUGCUGACUUUGGCUUACUUGGAAGAAGAUCAAGAUAACCAAGUUGUCACCCUGCAUGAGAUGUGCUCAACCUUUCUGGUCUUCACAGAAACUUAAAAGGAGCUAUAUAAGAACAGCAGACAACAGUGACUUUCAAUGGUGGCCCUCCUAUGUAAAGAUGGAUUGCAUAUAUUUGAGACCAACAGUGUUCUUCACAGCCUCUUGAUGCACAUCAGAAGGAAACGUCCAGCCAAAACACCACCUAAACAAAAGAAGAUAAAGGACUCCCAUUGCCUGCAACGCUGAUAUGAUGCUGUGCUACACUUUUGUGUAUCACUUGCUGUCUUUGGCAGCAAUUGUAAUGAUUGUGACCUGCGGCGGAGGCGAGCAGAGGAGGGGGGUCGACAGUAGUUCCAGCAGCACAGGUGGCGGCAGCAGCAACACCGGAGGAAGCGGCAGCAGACGAUUCCAUAAGAUCCAACAUGGCCAGUGCACCUACACCUUCAUCCUACCUGAAGGAGGGGCAGCUGGGGAGGGUUCCUGCAGGGAGGCAAAAGGCGGUAGCCCACAGUAUAAUGCCAAUUCCCUCCAAAGAGAUGCACCGCCACCCGAUCCGGACUUUCCCAAACAGAAGAUCCAGCAGCUUGAACACAUUAUGGAGAAUUACACGCAGUGGCUACAGAAGAUUGAGAAUUACAUCAAAGAAAGAAUGAAAACCGAGAUGGCUCAACUGCAACAGAGCGCUGUACACAACCACACAGCAGCCAUGUUGGAAAUGGGAACCAACCUUCUCUCUCAAACUGCAGAACAAACGCGGAAGCUGACUGAUGUUGAGACACAGGUUUUGAAUCAAACAUCGAGGCUCGAGAUCCAGCUGCUAGAAAAUUCUCUUUCUACUAACAAGCUGGAGAAGCAGUUAAUGGUCCAGACCACCGAGAUCAACAAGCUCCAUGACAAGAACAGCCUCAUGGAGCAGAAGAUGUUAGAAAUGGAGAUGAGGCACCAUGAAGAAUUGGAGACUCUAAAGCAGGAGAAAGGAAGCCUCCAAGUUCUUGUUGGGAGGCAGAGUGGGGUUAUCAAAGAGCUCGAGGCCCAGCUGAGCCGGGCUACGGGAAACAGCACCGCCCUGCAAAGGCAGCAACAGGAGAUGAUGGACACCGUCCACAACCUACUCAACCUUUGCUCCAAAGAUGGAGUCCCAAAGGUCUUGGAUGAAGAAAAGAAGUUCCGUGAUUGUGCCGACCUUUACCAGGCUGGCUUUAAUAAGAAUGGAGUCUAUAACAUCCAGAUCAACCUGCAAGAGAACAAAAGGGUGUAUUGCAACAUGGAAACAGCUGGCGGUGGAUGGACGAUCAUCCAGCGCAGAGAAGACGGCAGUGUGGAUUUCCAGAGAACGUGGAAGGAUUACAAAAUGGGUUUUGGAAGUACAUCUGCAGAGCACUGGUUGGGGAAUGAAUAUGUUUACCAGUUGACCAGCCAAAGGCAGUACAUCCUCCGCGUUGAACUGACAGACUGGGACGGACACCAGGCCUUCUCACUUUAUGAUCGCUUUCAAAUUGGCAGCGAGAAACAGAACUACAGGCUAUUCCUGAAAAGCCACAGUGGGACGGCAGGCAGACAGAGCAGUCUAGUGAUCCAUGGCGCAGACUUCAGCACCAAGGACAUGGACAAUGACAACUGCAUGUGCAAGUGCGCCCUCAUGUUCACUGGUGGUUGGUGGUUCGAUGCUUGCGGCCCAUCCAACCUUAACGGCAUGUACUUCGUGCAAGGACAGCAUGUGGGGAAGGUAAACGGUAUCAAGUGGCACUACUUUAAGGGCCCCAGCUACUCACUACGAGCCACGGCCAUGAUGAUCCGCCCGCUGGAAUUCUCCUAGCCGUUAAACCUCCAAAUGGCAAUUUAGCACAGAGGGACGCUUCCAGUUUUAUCCUCAUCUCAUUUCACCGGCUAUGCUUCAUAACCUUUUCCUCUGCAAUGAAGUGAGAAAUAAAGAAAACAGAGGAAGGCAUGAUUUAUGCUCCUGAUCAGAUCAACACACUUGUAAUUAUUUAAGGACAACAUAAGUGAAGUGUUCUUUAUCCCACACUGGGAAUGUGUGCACAUUUUUAAAACACACAUCAAGAAAACUAGGAUUUGUCUUCCAAUUUGUAAGAAUGAGGACGUUCUGAAUAUGAUGGAGUGAUGGAUAACAGAGCAGCGAGGACUCACAAACUGCAGGACAGAACUGAUCUUUUAUGCUCUGAGGGACACAACUCACAUAUUUGUCUUUUUGUAUUAAAUUGUUGCUCACAGAAAAGUGGCUUCAAUGUUAUAAUUCUUAUGUUUUUAAGUAUUCAUCUCUUAUGACAACUGUAUGCAAAUAUCCACCAUCACAUGAAUGUCUUUAGUACAGUACGGUGUAUUCUGAAUCUACAGUAUAUGUGCAUUAUGAUUGAGAAGCACACUCGGUUUUAAGCUGACCUUUAUUUUAUUAAUGAUGAAUUUUUCAAUGGUGACACAUUGCUGAUUGUUUUUAGACUUGAUAUGUUAUGGAAUUAAAUCGUGGAAUGGAGCCACUUGAAAAAUGAAUGACUAGUCCCAUCCAUACAUGGAUUCUAUGGCGUAUUAUAUCCAUGGUGUUCUCCCCGUGCCUGCGUGGGUUUCCUCCGGGCACUCCGGUUUCCUCCCACAAAUCCCAAAAAACAUGCAUGAAUUGGAGACUCUAAAUUGCCCGUAGGCAUGACUGUGAGUGCGAAUGGUUGUUUGUUUCUAUGUGCCCUGCGAUUGGCUGGCAACCAGUUCAGGGUGUACCCCGCCUCCUGCCCGAUGACAGCUGGGAUAGGCUCCAGCACGCCCGCGACCCUAGUGAGGAGAAGCGGCUCAGAAAAUGGAUGGAUGGAUGGAAGUCCGAGACCAUCCACUGUUUGACUAUAUCGCUGAAGACUUGCUAUAUUUGCAUUGGGUAAUAUCAUUAUUAGUUAAAAUACUUCUGGAUGGAUGACCAAACUAAGAAAUGUUCAAUCUGUUCAGAUUGAUUUUUGUAUUGUAACACUGAUUACACUGAUUAUACCGAUGACAGUGUCAAUGAGACAAAAGCAUUAAAUGUGGAAAACGUUGCUUUUAGAUCUGCAUAAAAAGAAGAAAAUAUACAUUUGCAUAAUGAAGUCACGUGUAUAUUGAGACCUGCGCUACUACUCCACUGCAGGACUGGCACAUUCACCAUUCUAAAACUAUAAGGGCUUAUAUUAAGCUGGUUACCUUGUUUGCAAAUCUAACAGGUAUGUGAUGGUCAAUACAUCAUACAUACAAUAUAUCAUCAUAAUGUAAACUGUUAACAGAAAAAAACAAAAAGAAAUGUAUUUUUGGAGACGUCAGCAUGAAACUUCAUCUAAAUUCAGACUUUCUGUUUUCCAGUCAUGCUCCUUGGGUUGGAUGUGAGGCAUGUAAAGUCAUUGUUCCAGCAAAUUAUUCACAUGAACGAGCGUUUCAUAACAUUUACCUUACGACAGCAGAAUGUGUUGGAGGAUUCAUGGAGGGCGCAUGAAGGAAGAGAGGAAUACGCAUUUGGUGUAUCUCGAACUUGUAAAGCUACCAUUGACUUGUUCGAAUAACAUUUAGAUCAUUGAAUGUGUUUGUAUAUAAAUCAGCUUUCCCAAGGAAAGCUAUUUUAUUCUGUCGGAUUAACAAAAUGAAGAUAACACUAGAGAAGUGUGUCACUGAUAACUCUGCUUUUACCUCAUUAAACUGUAGAUUUGCUGAUUUAUUUAAACAUCUUUUGUAUCAUGUGGUCAGUGUUGUGUUGAUAUCAAAUAAAAUGUGAUGCACAAAGAUUA